AUGUCUGAACGUAAAGUCCUCACUAAGUACUAUCCUCCGGAUUUCGAUCCUUCCAAGAUAACAAGGUCGCGAGGACCGAAGCAAGCUGGCCCAAAAGUCCAAACCGUACGAUUAAUGGCACCAUUUCCCAUGAAAUGCACAGCUUGUGGUGAAUACAUAUACAAAGGUCGGAAAUUUAAUGCGCGCAAAGAAACGACUGAAGACAAAUAUUACUCAAUUCCUAUUUACCGAUUCUAUAUUAGGUGUACAAGAUGUUCUGGCGAAAUCACUUUCAAGACCGACCCCAAAAAUAUGGACUACGAGUGUGAGAGGGGAGCGAAAAGAAAUACUGAACCCUGGCGAAUGAAUGGUGCAGGGAAAAAAGAAACUGACGAGGAACGACUUGAUCGAUUGGAACAGGAAGAAGAAGAAAGAAAUGCAAUGCAGGAAUUAGAGACGAAAACUUUAGAUGCAAAAAGAGAGAUGGCAGUGGCCGAUGCUCUCGACGAGAUACGAACGCGAAAUGCCAGAAAUGAGCGAGCUGGUAAAGAUGGUUUAGAGGCGUCAGUUGCUUGUGAAAGCGUCGAUGAAGCCAGGCGACGGCAAAAUCUAGAAGACGAAGAAGCUGCACGACGCGCAUUUAUGAAAUAUAAUGAGACGCCAGAAGAAGUGAUUGAGCAGCCCAAAUUGGAAGAAAGCAACACCGACUUAAAUUUAAUUUCUACCUCUAAAGAAUCGAAGUUAAUGUUGCCGCCUCCAAAUCCAGUGAUGCCGCCUCCUGCCUUUAAAAGAGUUGUGAAGAAAAAGAAGGACCAUGCCGCCCUACUAGGAAUCAAGAGAAAAGUUCCUCUCUCACAAUAG